ACUGUUCUAUAAUAACAACCCAACGACUACGAAAUUACAAAGAAGAUAAUUCUGACUUCAAAACAGAGCAAAAAAUCUCUCAAAAAGGAUUAGAAUUUAGAUUCUGGUUCUCUUCCUCUGAUCGGAGACAGAGAGAGAGAGAAAGGUAAGAAAGAUGGAAGCUCCGGCGAUCACAAACGGUGGCGAUGCGACGGAGAGGCAAGCUCGAAUGGCGCACUCUGCAAUGACCCUCGUUCAGCUAAUUAACGGAGCUUACCAUGUGAUUACAAAAGUAGCUCUUAACGUUGGUAUCAAUCAGCUCGUCUUCUGUGUCUUCCGCGACCUUCUUGCCCUCUCCAUCCUCGCUCCUCUCGCUUUUUUCCGCGAAAGAGGGAUCAGACCUCCUAUGAGUAGAAGCAUCCUCUUUUCACUCUUCUUCCUAGGUUUAGCAGGGAUAUUUGGGAACCAGUUACUAUUUCUUAUGGGUUUAUCAUACACAAAUCCAACUUAUGCGGCUGCUAUACAACCAUCCAUCCCAGUCUUCACCUUUCUCUUAGCUGUGAUGAUGCGUACAGAGAAAGUGAACUUGUUUAAAAUCGAGGGCCUAACGAAAGUUAUAGGUACUCUAGUUUGUGUUUCCGGUGCCAUAGUGAUGGCUCUGUUCCGUGGUCCAUCCUUGUUUGGAGAUAAAGAUGCAGAUUUUACAACAGAAAUUGUAGUCACUGAUAGAAGUCAACCUGAGCUUCAUGGUUGGCUUGUCUCUAGUUUUCUUGGUCUUGGGCUUGAUCUAUGGCAUAUUGGAGUUAUAUGCUUGAUAGGAAACUGCAUGUGUAUGGCUGCUUUUAUCGCUGUUCAAGCACCAGUUUUAAAGAAGUAUCCUGCCUACCUUUCUGUUACGGCCUAUUCAUACUUCUUCGGUGCAUCAAUAAUGAUCACAACAGCGUUUGUGUUUGUUAGAGAGCCUAAAGAGUGGAGCUUGACACAGUCUGAGAUUCUUGCCGUUAUAUUUGCGGGAGUGUUUUCAUCAGCUCUGAACUAUGGACUCUUGACAUGGUCUAAUAAAAUUCUUGGAGCUGCUUUGGUUUCUCUUUACAACCCUCUUCAGCCUGCAACAUCUGCUUUUUUAUCGGCAAUUUUCCUAGGCAGUCCAAUCUAUCUUGGAAGCGUUGUGGGUGGAGUACUUAUCAUUUCAGGGCUUUAUAUGGUUACUUGGGCAUCUUACAGAGAACAACACACAACAGUUUCAGGAAAUGUGAUUGUUUCUUCCAGUGAUAUAAGAGUUUCAGAACCUUUGAUUUACAGAGAUGGGACUGGUGAAAAAAUUUCGUAAAAGAAUUCAUUUUUACUGUCAGAGAAGAAGUGUAUAACAGAGAGUUUCUUUUACACCUUAGCUUUGUUCGUUUGAUCUCUUAAACAGCUGCUUGCUUGAACUUUCAUCCAACUAAAACUAGUGGUGGAUUUAGAAACUUU